AUGAUUAUUAGGCAAGAACAUUUGCGUUUACUACAUGCAGGAACCCAAACUACUCUCGCUAAUAUAAGACUUAAAUACUGGCCGAUAAAUGGUAGAAGAGAGGUUAAAAAGGUUAUUCAUAGUUGCGUCACUUGUUAUAAAUUCAGAGUAACAACACAAACACAAUUGAUGUCCGAUCUACCACUAAGCAGAAUUAAUCCAGUAAGACCUUUUUUAAACGUAGGAACCGACUACGCCGGCCCAAUUAUGCUAAAAUCAAGUAGAUUGCGCAAGGCUCCCUUAAUCAAAUCGUACAUUGCGCUUUUUAUUUGUUUUGUUACCAAGGCGAUACAUUUAGAGUUAGUAACAAGUUUGUCUACAGAUGCAUUCAUAGCCGCUUUAAGACGUUUUAUAUCUCGACGAGGUCGCUGCGCCACGAUUCAUAGUGAUAAUGGUACAAAUUUUGUAGGGGCAAAGCACCAUUUACACGAACUUUUUAAAUAUUUUAAGAAUGAACAAGAAAGAAACAAAUUAAUUGAAGCCGUAUCAGUGGAGGGCAUCGAAUGGAAAUUCAUUCCAGCUCAUGCUCCACACUUUGGCGGUCUUUGGGAAGGGGCUAUAAAAUUAGUUAAAUUGCACAUACGCAGAGUAAUAGGCAACACAAUAUUAACAUUUGAAGAGUAUUACACAUUUCUAACCCAAGUAGAAGCCAUAGUAAAUUCGCGUCCAUUGAUAGCUGUUUCCGAUGACGUUACGGAUUGCGGAUAUUUAAGCCCGGGACACUUUUUAAUUAAUGAUGUGAUAGCCUCAUUUCCUGAGCCCCAAUCAAAAUGUAAUAAUGAUAUCUUGAAAUGUUGGCAAGAUGUCAAUAACUUAAAACAACUACAAGGACGUAAAAAAUGGUAUAAAACCAACCCAAAUCUUCAGAAUGGAACAAUAGUUUUAGUGAAAGAGGACCAUAUACCACCUCUCCAAUGGAAUAUUGCAAAAGUAGUUGAGACAAAAAAGGAACCAGACGAUAAAAUACGAGUCGCAAUAAUUAAAACAGCAAAAGGGUUAUAUACUCGGCCUAUCACAAAAUUAUGCCCACUUCCAUUUAAUAUGUAA